GUUGGAGACGGUCAGGCAGCAGUGGAGCUGCUGAACUGGUACGAGCUGGACCAAGAGCUCAUUAUAGUUCUGGAGAGGCCUGUACCCGCCGUGGAACUGUUUGACUAUAUCCAGGAGAGAGGAGGAUGUCUUCCAGAGGAUCAGGCCAAAAUCAUUCUGAGGCAGCUGGUUGAGGCCAUGGUCAAUUUUCACUCUUGGGGUGUCCUCCACCGAGAUAUUAAGCCAGAGAACCUUCUGGUCGAGACCGGAUCUGCAGUUCCACGGAUUAGGGUUCUGGACUUUGGCUGUGGCUGCAUUAUUCAAGAAGCACCCUACACCGAGUUCCUUGGGACCAAAAUGUACAUCCCUCCUGAAUGGUACCUCCAUGGUUCCUACAAGGCGGUUCCAUCCGCUGUCUGGCAGCUGGGGGUACUGUUAUACAACGUGCUGUCUGGGAUAUUCCCCUUUCGCACACCCGACCAGGUCCUUUAUUGUGAUCCUAUCCCUACCAUGGAUGGGUUUUCCAGCCAAUGUAAGAACCUGCUGAAAUUGUGUUUGGCAAAGUGCCCCGAAGACCGGCCCACUCUAGAGGAAGUCCUUCUCCACCCGUGGCUGCAUCCAGAGGAGGAGAGGAAAGGCAACACCAAGAGGUGUAGGGUAGAUACCAGGAGCCCCAAGGUGUCCCCUAAAAGCACCACUGCCACAACAAUGACCCCACAUGGUACACAUGGAAGAGUGGGAUGCGACCAUGACAAGGACCCAGAGGAGAAGCAGGGCUACAUGGAAAGGGAGACAGAACUUGGCAGGGCCCAUGCUGUGUCCACCAUCCCAGAAAUCAGUGAUACAGCACUGCUGCCCAGAGGCCCUCUUCCUGUGCUGCCCAGAGGCCCUCUGCCUGUGCUGCCCAGAGGCCCUCUGCCUGUGCUGCCCAGAGCCCUGGUGCCCGUGCUGCCCAGAGGCCUGGUGCCUGUGCUGCCCAGAGGCCCUCUGCCUGUGCUACCCGAAGGCUCUCUGCCCGUGCUGCCCAGAGGCCUGGUGCCCAUGCUGCCCAGAGUCCUGGUGCCCGUGCUGCCCAGCACCGAGCCCUCUGCUCCUCCUGAGCCCCCGGCAGAGUCCUGGCCGACUCCAGCACCCCCAGAGCUCGGUGCACAUAAGAAGCCCAGCCUUGGUCACCACCACCGACCCCCUGAGCACCUCUGCGCAUCCAGACGGCCUCCAGGUCUGCCUCCAGAGCUGCCCCGGCUUUUCACCCUGCCUCCUGGCCGGCCUCCAGAACUGCCCUGGCCUUCGUCCCUGCCCCCCGGUCGUCCUCCCGACCUCCCCACUGUCCCUUUCUCCCCCCGUCGCCUUCCAGACAGCCCCCCCCCCCUCCCCCUUUCAGGAGAGAGGAAGAUAUCUCCCUGA